CACCUGAAGGUAAGGUGGCGCACUGUUUGGCUGCGAAAGGAUUGGAAAAGGGUGUCAAGGUGCGCCAAUCAAACUUGAUAAUUAAGCGGCAGUCGGAGCGCGAGGAGGCCGAGUUGCUCUGACAAACGGCAGAGAGGGAGGUUGGACUCACACAGGAGAAAAUGAGAAAAUACGUGGCGUGGAACAACAGUCAAGAAGUCUCUUUUUCCGAAGAUGUUUUCCAAAGAGGUUCAGGAGCAGUGGCCUCAGUUUCAGGAGCAGUGGCCUCCGGUUCAGAACAAAUCUAUUUGAACCACAAAGAAACAUCCCUUCCGACACAGUUUGAAAGAUACAGCCAGAGCCUUCGGACCCUCAGACCCAUCCGCUGGUCCUCAUCUCAGCCCCACCCUCUGGACCGAGCCGGUUUCCUGUCCUUUGCAACCUUUUCCUGGAUGAUCCCCACGAUGUGGGGCUUGUUCAAGAAAAGGCUGGACCCAAGCUCUCUCAAACUGUCUACUUUUGAUGCUUCAGGCUCCAGCGGAGAAAGACUCAACAGACUCUGGGGGGAAGAGGUGGCAAGGGUGGGCCUGGAGAUGGCCUCUGUGGUGCGAGUUAUGCUUCGAUUUCAAAGAACCAGGCUGAUUCUGUCCACCCUUAUUGGCAUCCUUGUCAUGGUAGCAGUGUUUCUGGGCCCGGCUGUUGUGGUUCAUGAGAUUCUGAAAUAUACCGAGCACCCAGAGAAGUCCACAGUAUUAUACGGUGUGGGUCUGUCCUUCGCUCUGUUUGCCUCAGAGUUCACCAAGGGCUUCCUGAUCUCCUUGUUGUGGGCGGUGAACCUGCGCACUGCAGUCCGGCUGAAGGGAGCCUACUCUCUGUUGGCCUUUCAAAAAGUCAUCUCCCUGAGGGGUCACAGCAGCAAGUCAACGGGACAGAUGAUUGAUGUUUUGACCACUGACGGCCACAAUUUAUUCGAGGCCGCAGGGUUUGGGAGCUUCAUCCUGUGCACCCCAGUGCUCAUAGUUGCGUGUGCCGUCUAUUCCUGCUACGUCCUGGGCUACACCGCACUGGCUGGAGUCUGCAUCAACAUCAUUGUCAUCCCAUUACAGAUGUUUAUUGGAACGGUCAUGAACAAACACUCAGGUGAAAAGGCAUUGAUUAAAAACCGCCGUAUUGAGACGAUGGAGGAGAUUCUAAAAAGCAUCAAACUCAUUAAGAUGUACGCCUGGGAAGAUUCCUUUGAAGAGAAGAUCGCAGGGUUCCGGAAAAAUGAGAAAAAAAAACUGCAGACUCUCAUUUUUAUCCAAAACGCCAAUUCCAGUCUCACAAGCAUCGCCCCCAUCAUCGCCACCAUUCUCACCUUUAUUGUACACACUUUGUUGGGCUUCAAGCUCAACAUAGCUGAUGCCUUCACCACCGUCGCCAUCUUCAACUCCAUGACGUUCGGCCUGGCUCUGAUGCCCUUGUCUGUGAAGCUAAAGUCUGAUGCUAAUGUUUCAAUAAGCCGACUGAGGAAAAUAAUGCUGAUCCAGAAUCCAGAGCCUUACCUGAUCCAGCGCAGUGGCACAGACUCAGCCAUUGUGAUGGAAAAUGCUACACUUUGCUGGAAUAAACCCGUCAACCUGCCAGACUCCCCAACCAUCACAGAUAAUGGGGAGAUGCCCCAGGAUGGGAGGACAGAUACUCUGCCAACCUUGAGAAACAUUUCCUUCACACUGCCCAAGGGCAAGCUGCUUGGCAUCUGUGGUAACGUGGGGAGUGGAAAGACAUCACUGAUAUCUGGCAUUUUGGAACAGAUGCACCAUCUUAAUGGCUCAGUCACAGCGGAUGGGACUUUUGCCUACGUUUCCCAGCAGGCCUGGAUAUUUCAUGGGACUGUUCUAGAAAACAUCACAAUGGGAAAACCUCUUGACGAAUCAAAAUACAACAGAGUUGUGGAUGUCUGCGGCCUCAAAGCUGAUCUGACUAUCCUCCCUCAUGGUGAUCAAACUGAGAUUGGAGAGCGGGGGCUGAAUUUGUCAGGGGGGCAGAAGCAGAGGAUCAGCCUGGCCAGAGCGGUCUAUUCCAAUAAUGACAUCUUCCUCCUUGACGAUCCACUCUCUGCGGUCGAUGCCCAUGUGGGGAAACACAUCUUUGAGAAAUGCAUUAAGCAGGAGCUCCAGGGAAAAUCAAUCAUACUGGUUACACACCAGCUCCAGUACCUGGAGUUCUGUGACAACAUUAUGCUUUUGGAUGAUGGCACUGUGCUUGAGGCUGGAAACCACCAGACCCUGAUGAGAGCCGAUAAAGCCUAUGCUAAGCUCCUGAGCAGCUACCAAAUGGGAGAGACCGAGGCUCCCAGUGAGGUGGAAGUGUCUCCCCAAGGCGCUGCCCGAGUGAUGAACAUAGAACCAACUGACCAGAUCAACAGUGGGUUAGUGAACCACGCAUUUGAUACUGUGGGUGAAAAUGAUAUACUGACAACUGGACCAAGAGCUCCAGGUGGUGAUCAGCUGGUCAGUGAGGAGGUUACCACAGAAGGUGCAGUCUCCUGGAGAAUCUACCAGCAAUACUGCAAGGCAGCUGGAGGCUACGUAGCAAGCUUCCUUACUCUCCUGAGCAUCGUCCUGAUGAUUGGAUCCGUGGUCUUGAAUAACUGGUGGCUGAGCUUCUGGCUGGGGAAGGGUGACGGGUCAUCCAAUAAGACUUCCUCAAACCAAGGUGACAUCUCAGAAAACCCAGACCUGGCGUUCUACCAAAUUAUUUAUGGCGUGAUGUUUGCUGUCAUUGUGGGACUUGCCAUCAUCAAAGGUUUCUCCUUCACUUGGGUGACCCUGAACGCGUCCUGCAAACUCCAUGACACCAUGUUCAAAAAGAUUUUUGCUAGUCCCAUGAGUUUCUUCGACACAACACCAACAGGCCGCAUUAUCAAUCGCUUUGCCAAAGAUCAAGAUGAGGUGGACUCUUUGCUUCCCCUAUACAUGGAUCCUUUCUUGCAGUAUUCUUUUAUGGUGUUGUUCACUGUUGCCACAAUCUCGGGGGUCUUCCCUGCGAUGCUUGCAGCCGUGGCUGUCAUUGGAGCUGUGUUCGCUCUCAUUCUCUUCUUCUCCCAGUGGAGCAUCCAUAAGAUGAAGAGGAUGGAGAACGUCAGUCGUUCUCCCUGCUUCUCUCUCUCCUCCGCCACCCUGGAGGGCCUCAGCACCAUCCACGCCUACAACAUAAGAGACAGUCUAAUAAAACGGUUCAUGUCACUGAGUGACAUAAACUCCAACCACUAUUUAAUGUUUCACUGUGCAUCACGUUGGCUCUCCUUCUGCAUGGACGCCGCGUCUGCAUGCAUGACCUUGGUGGUGGCUCUGUUUGUAGUGAUCAGCAGUAAUGAGAGCAUCAGCCCGUCUUUGAAAGGCUUGGCCUUGUCAUACACCAUACAGCUGACAGGCCUGCUUCAGUAUACCGUGAAGCAAGCAACGGAGGUAGAGGCAAGAUUCAACUGUGUAGAGCGGCUGCAGGAAUACAUCACGGGUUGUAAGUCUGAGGGCCCAAGGCAUAUAGAAGAGGCCCCAGUCCCAGCGGAUUGGCCGACGGGCGGAACCAUCAACUUCAAAGACUAUGAGAUGAGGUACCGAGAAAAUGCACCCAUUGUCCUGAAAGGACUCGAUUUCGCCAUCCGGGCUGGGGAGAAGCUGGGCAUUGUGGGAAGGACUGGCUCUGGGAAGUCCUCUCUAGGCGUGGCUCUUUUCAGGCUGGUGGAACCGGCAGCAGGAACCAUUCUGAUUGACGGCAUUGACAUAACUACCAUUGGUCUUCAGGAUCUGCGCAGCAAGUUGUCAAUCAUCCCUCAGGACCCUAUGCUAUUCAUAGGCACAGUAAGGUACAACUUGGACCCCUUUAAUAACUUGAAUGAUGAGGCCAUCUGGAUAGCGCUGGAGAAGACCUACAUGAAGGACUCUAUCUCCAGACGGGAAGGGAAUCUCUUAGCAACAGUAACGGAGAAUGGAGAGAACUUCUCUGUAGGAGAGAGACAACUCAUAUGUAUGGCUAGAGCGCUACUUCGCAACUCCAAGAUCAUUAUUUUGGAUGAGGCGACAGCAUCCAUUGAUGCACAGACUGACGCCUGCAUCCAAACGACCAUCGAUGAAGCCUUUCAGGACUGCACCGUGCUCACCAUCGCUCAUCGUAUCAACACAGUGAUAAAAUCCCAUCGUAUCCUGGUCAUGGAAAAUGGCAAGGUGGCAGAGUUUGACAAACCAGACGUUCUGAGGCAAAGACCAGACUCUAUGUUCACCUCACUCCUCGCUGCUGCUAACACUGUGAACACCUGAACCAAGAGACCCUGUGGCACCACUCCAAAUAACAAAAUGAUGUUUAACUAUACAACCAAAUCUUAAGUCAGUGUAAUCCGGACUAGUUUGGUUCUAUCCGGUGUGACUGAGAAGGCAUGUUUUAUGACAUGUAUCGAUCUUUACUCUGCUGAAACAAAUGCAUUGACAUUGGGUUUUUUUUUUAAAAAUUUACAGGAGCAGAUUUGAAUGUACUUAUAAUAUACUGCAUAAUACAUUUAUGUAUUUUUCUUUGACUUUUCUGUCAAAGUGGGAAUUUUUCAAUCUGCUCUACUAAUAUAAAAGGUGUUUUUCAUGGCAAGUUUUUUAAAUCUAGCAUAUGAACAAGGUGGCUA